GGCUUUACAGCGUGAGGCAAGAUGGCGACCCAGGCGGCAGCAGCACUCCUGGACGAGCUUAUGGGAAGGACCAGGAAUGUUUUACCGCAGGAACGACAACAGAAACUAAGCUGGGACUCUCCUGAGGUUUGCCGUCAUUACUUGGUUAAAUUCUGCCCACAUGAUCUCUUUACAAACACAAAAUCUGACCUUGGCCCAUGUGAAAAGACCAUUCAUGAUGAAGAACUAAAGAGAGAGUUUGAUAUUUCCAACUCCUAUCGCCGCACUGCCUUCGAGGAUGAGUUUGUGAGAUACGCCGAGUCUAUGCUGACAGACGUGGACAAGCGGAUAAGGAAAGGCAAGCAGCGCCUCGCACUUUCGGUCAAAGAUGCACUGGAGAGCAGUACUACGGGGGACGGUCGGGUGGAUGAACAGCUGGAAUUGCUCUCCGAGAGGAUAACAGGUCUGGUGAGUGAAGCAGAGCGUCUUGGCUCGGAAGGCAAUGUUGAGGAGGCCCAGGGACUGCUUAAGCUCUGUGAUCAGCUCAGGGAGGAGAGAGAUGCCCUCCGCCGCAGCAGUGAAAACUCAGUGUGGCAUCAGGCAGCAGAGAUGGCAGCGUCACAAGAGAAGCAGAUGGAGGUGUGUGAAGUGUGUGGUGCCUUUCUCAUUGUGGGGGACGCUCAGCAGCGCAUUGACGACCACCUCACUGGGAAGCAACACGUGGGGUUUGCCAAGCUGCGUCAGGCCAUCCAGGAGAUCAGAGACAGCCGGGAAAAGGCCAGAACAGAACGUGAGGAGCUGCGGGAGAAAGAACGGCAAGAGAGACGCAAGGCCCUGCUGGAGGAAGAGAAAAGAAGGGAGAGGGAAAGAGAAGACCGCCGGAAGAAGGAGGAGGAAAGGCGGAGAAGAAGCUACGAAAGUGACCGAGACAGGAGAGACCGUAGCCGAGACAGAGACCGGGACAGAAGAGAUCGCCGGCGGUCGCGUAGCAGGGACCGGCGCAGUUCAAGCAGUCGUGACCGAGGUGACCGCAGCUACCGCUCUCGAGAGAAUGAUCGGCGGGACAGACAUGGGCGAUCCAAUAGUAGAGAUUAUGAGCGCAGGAGAUAUCGGGAGGAGAAUGGUAGUUAUUAGGAUCCUUAGGGAGCUCUCUGGCAGUGGUGAGGACAGGAGGAGGGACGGGUCCAAAGGCGACGUAGCAAGACGGCAGAGAAGUGGACGAGAUGGGAGGGGCAUUGUGAAGCUUUAAGCAGUGAGUGAUCUCCACUUGAGGUAAGUGGCCACGUGUUUGUUGCUGCUUUCUUCUCUCCUACACAGGGUCUUCACCAGGUGAGUGGCCAGUGGUGCAUUGUGUCUGGGCCGGGUGGAUGGAUGCCAAGUGCUUCUUGUUCCUGUUGUUGCUUCCCUCCCAAUGUAAAUCUUUACUUUAUUUUGUAUUCCCCCACUCCAAUACCCAUUUCUUUUUUAUGUACUAGUAUUUUUAUUCUUUCAUGAUAUAGGCAGAAACAUAACCACUGAAUACCUUACAAGGUUCUGUGAAAAGCAUCUCAAAAUAGACAAGCAAUGUCUAGUGUUGCGUGAUGAGAACUUGAAGACUUGGCUGUGAAGGAGAGGUGGUGUCCCAACGCUAGGUGCCUCUUGACUCGAGCACUUCAUUCCUUGACCCUCACUUUGACUUCUUGACACCAACAUUUUCAUGAGUAAUUCCUCCUGCUGCACCUCAGACACAUCCAGGAUGACAAGAUAUGUGUUGGAAAUGGGAAUAGCAGGAAAGAAAACACAAAAUGAGAAGGUGGAAUUGAGAGGCAAGUUAGGUAUGAAGACCACAGUAUUAGUGGAACAGUAAUGUGCUUGCCUAAAGACUGGGAGGCUGUCCAGCAUACAUACAAUUCAUUCUAGUUGUUUAAAUAUUAAGAUUUAAUUGUUUUCAGUUUAUAUUCUUUAGUCAUACACAUAGAUGUUUGUGGAUUUCCUGUUAACUGCACUGCAUUAUGUUAUUUGCUAAAUUAUGCCAAUACAUUUUUUUUUAUAAUUAGCAUUGUCUAGCAAAAUCUCAACUGGUCCCUUGUCAUUAUGUUUGGCUUACAAAUUUUAACUCUUCCCUCCCAUUUGUGGCCUAGUAGCUACAGAAUAGUAUGUUGACAGUUGGGCAUUUAUGAUCCUUUGUAAAGCUGUAGUGUUGAAUUACUGUGUCUUAUUCCCAGUUGAUCCCUGUCUUGAGAUGCAGUUUUAAGUGAAUUGCUGUUGCUUGCAGAAUUAAACUGCAUUAAGUUGCUAAUCUAAAUAGAAUUGAACAGUGUAAUAUUAAAAUGCUAUUUAUACCAUCAUUAGUAAUCUGUUUUCCUGAAGUUAAUGUGGUGGGAGUCUUGACUUUUUAUAGAUGAAUAAAUAAAUAGAUAACAGUGAGUAGUAACAUCUGAUAUGAGAGGGAGUCAUGGUUGGUAGUUCCACGCUCACUCUGAUUACGUUUUGUGUGUGCCCUCAAUCUUGAGUUUACAAUCUGCAGACAGUCACUAAUCAUCAUGUGUUUCAUAGUCAAAUUCAAUAGCUGGAAACAAUCUCUCCUCGAUGAUCAUGAAGUAGAGAUGCGUAAUUACCACCUGAUAUUUUUUAAUGGCAGUUAAUUUGCCUUUCCUCUAUGAUAAAUUCUUCAAAACAACUUAAUAAGGAUUGAUAAAGUAGGUAAACAUUUUAGGUAGAGAUUAUUACUAUCCAUCUCUGUAUCCCUAAUGCCUCAAUCCAUUUGCCAAGUCAAUCUGUGCUUUCUGUGUAGACAGGCAGUACUUCCACACUGUCCUCAAUCUCAAUCUGUUUCUCAUUACUUCAUAAUAUAUCUUAUCUUGCAGGCGAUCCUCCUCUUAACCUUUCCCAAUCUGACUGUUACUUUUCACAAUAUCAUUAAAACUCAUCUAUAUUCUCGCCCAGCUUUGUGAAGCACGUUCAUGGAAAAUUACUGAAAUAUCAGGUUCUAAAGGAUACAUGUGCAUUGUUCAAGUUACACUAUGCAGCAAAAAUACUCAAAAUCUUUUGAAUAAAGAAGCGAAUAGCUAUAUAUUGUUCAAAAUUGAUCAGUGAGCUUAUUGGCAAUAAGUGAUGUUGCCAGUGUAUGGCAGGCUUGUACUGGGUGUGUUCUGUUCACUGAGGACACACUGGUUGUGGAUGGUUGUGUGGGAUGCCUGGUACAGUACCAUCAGUGUGCCCUUUUAAUGUAGAUCUCUUAUCCCUGGACUGUCUGACAGGUGUAUGGUUUGGGUAACAUUGUGUAUGUAGCAUUACUUACAAAAUCUAUUUACCAAGAAACAGCUGAAAGAGAAGACACUGUAUACCGCCUUGUCUUAGUGUCAUUCUGUGCCUGCCAUUAUUCUUCGUAAUUAGAUUCUUAUUAAAAUACUUUACUGUAAUAACAGGGCACAGGCUCAUCAUAAUCUCAAAGUAAGAGGUUACUUUUGUGCACUUCCUGCAACAUAUUCAAGUUUUCAGUUCUCUUGAUUUCUUGCCAUAUGCUGGAUCUCUGGAUAUGCAAGAUGUCUGGCCUCCUGCCAUGGGCCAUGGGCCAAGUUCAUCUCUGCCCUGGGCUGUAAUGCUGAUGUCAUAGUGGUGGAAUGUGUGAAACAAACUCCUAUGCCUCAACUAUCAUUUGUAUGUGCAAGAGACAAGAACAUGUCCUUGAUUAAUUUAGAGUACUGUAGUUGGCAGAGCAUAGAGAACAGAUGAUACUGAAGGGCCAGUGACUUUUUCUUAAGCUGACUGAUUUUUUAAUAGUUUUGGUGUGUGUGUGUGUGUGAGUGUGUGAGAGAGAGAGAGAGAGAGCGUCUGUAAGUAUGUGCACCUAUAUUGUUCAUGUCUUAUUUUUUCAAGGUAAUAUGACCACAGAUUACUAGAUAUUAGGUGUCACCAGUUUUUUUUCCUCAUUUCAUUCACAUGGUUUGUUUAUUUGACAAUGUGCUGGCAUCCUUGGAACUUUAGAUAUAUUCACCUUACCAAGAGUCAGCAGAUGACAAUGAAAUGCAAGAGAAAGAAUUGUCAUCUGAAUGAAAUGAUGAACAUUUCUCCUCCCCAGCAGUCACACUUGUACUGUGUUCAGAGAGACACAUUGCAGGCUCUUAUGUGUUGUGGCCAUAGACUUUCAUCAUAUCCAGAACACAGAGGUAUUUCUCAGAUAAGACCAAUGUAAUUACUUACUUCAGUUACUUCAGUGUGCCUUGUACAUAACAAUACUAGAUGGGGUAAUGAAUGUAUUGUGAGGGUAAACUACUCGAGUGGACUUUUCUCAGGGUAAAUAACUUUAAUGUAAAUCUAUAGGAGGAAUUUUAAAGAUACACAUGGUUAUUCUCUCUCUCUCUCUCUCUCUCUCUCUCUCUCUCUCUCUGUACAUACUCACCUUUGUUCAUCCAUUCAUUCAUCAUUACAACUGAUGUGUUUCCUUAUUUAGUUUUAAAAUAGGAUGUCUUUUGUAGUUCCCGUCACACCUUGAAGACAAGGCAUUUGGGUUCCUAUUCACAAUACGAAUGACGACCAGUACUUCAGGGUACAAGUACCUACUUGCUGUGUGCAAGUUUGGCUACAUUUAGUCAAAGUUUACAAGAUUCUGAUAAAAAAGAGAGAGAGAGAGAGAAAAGCUAUAUAAAAGCUCUUAAUUAGUCUGAUUCUGAUAAAAACGAGAGAGAGAGAGAGAGAGAGAGAAAAGCUAUAAAAAAGCUCUUAAUUAGUCUGAUUUUACUGUUAUACAGCAUUAUUUAUCAAUGAAGGGUAGACAUCUUUGACAAGUAGACAAAUUAUUAUAUGUAGACAAAGACAAAUCCUGUGUACAGUUUGGUGGUUACUUCAGUGCCUGUGUGACUGGAAGGUACUGGAGCCUUUCCUGAGGUUCAGUGUUAGGCCAUAUUGAGCAAAUCUUAAGAUAUAGUCAUUUAGUGUCAUGACUUCUCUCAAUAGUUGCGAGAAAAUUCAAGUAAAUUAUUAGACAGAAGUUCCAAAAAUAAAUACUAGUACUUGUAUAUAAUAGAAUGAAGAAGGUUUUCCACAAGGAAUUGGAUGUUGAGUCAGCAAGUUCCAUUAUUGUAUUCAUGAAUCACCUCAGGAGGGAGUGUCUUCAUCAGUACCCAGAGCAUGCCUAAAGAGAAUGACUCAUUGCCUGAUGAUGACUGAAUAUAACUUCCAUGUUGAUCUGUCAUUUCUUUGUGAAUGGAGGGAGAGAUUAUUUCUGUAUAAUUACAAGAAAUGGACUGUGUGUGCCUUUAUAGUUCAGAUAAAGUCAUAUUGAUACAGAAAGCGAUUUAGCUAAUCCUGUGCCUCUGCCAGAUGAACAUCCUGUUGAUAUCUGCCAUUGUGUAGAUUGCAGGAUGAAGCAUUUCCCCUAAUGAGUGCCUUUCCUAAAUAAUGGGCUUGCUCCUGUCAUGUGCGGAGGAGAGAGUCAUCACUUGACACUGACUUCCCAUUGUUGACCUUUUGUCUGAAUAACAUUGUCAUAAGUUUCCUUUUACUUAAGUGAUAUUUCUUGGAAUGGUGAUAUUGGUGCUGGCAGACAUGGUGAUGUGUUACAAAGUGCAGGCAUGUAGCUUGUAAAGAUGAAGUCCAUUGUAUAGGUAGUGGUGUUACUUGGUGAUUCUAGAUUGACAUUAAUCUGCAUAACUCGAAAUGUUUUGGGAGAUGUAUUUAUGUUUUAAGCUUUUGUAUUUAUUUGAUAUUUAUUGUCCUGAUCCAAUAAUUCAGGUUUUCUUGAGCACACACCUACUGUCUUACCAGUCGAGCCUUUUGUCGUUGGUGUAGCCCGUCAAGGCUUUGUACCACUUUGUUGGUCUCUUAGAGGUAAGUGGGUCUUUUACAGUGACAGUGAAAACCUCCUUAGCACACCCUGUCUUUAAUUCUCCAUAGAGGACCCGGUACUUGUUUGUGUGAUGGGAGGAAGCAGAGCAGUGGUAGUGUCAGGUGAACCUUACAUGGUGUAGUGGAGGAAUCAGCUUUCACAUUCAUAGUUCCUGGUAUUGCUCUCAUGGCUUGUUUAUUUUACUCUUUCAUAAUGUGUUUGGUCUUAGUGCAUUUAUUUCUCAGCCAUUCUCAGUCACCUAAUGUUCUUUAAAGGGGAGUUGGACGAGUCUAGCCUUAACAGGUGGCUUCUUCAGAAUGACUUGUUACCUUGUGAGAUUCAUUAGGAAAUAUUUGUCUUAAUACUGUACUCACAAGACCCUCCCCUGAAAAUGUAUGUACUCUUCAUCAAGUGUAUUGCCAUUAACUCAGGCUCAGCUAAACGUGUUGACAGAAACUAUUAAAGUGACUUGGACUCCACAGGAACCAGCUGGCAAGUCACCAAGACUCAUCACCACCACCACCACCACCUCCACGACUACCACCACCACUACCACCACCUCGCCUCACCACCAUCAUUCUGCCUCGCUGGGUCACAGGGGAAGGAGUCCACACCCACUUCAACACGGGAUGCAGCAGCGCAUGUGGGACCCAUCACCACCACUUUAUGUAGCCAGGUGACCCCUCCUUUUCUGCCCCCAACUUUCCUGUCCCCCCAAGGCCUCUCCCAAGCCCAGCCCUCAUGACUUGCCUGAGAGCUAUUCAUAGGUUUAUGUUCUUUAUUUAGUGAUUCACCUUUUGCUUUAGGUUUUCAUGUAAUUCUUUGUAUAUGAAAAUUUGAAUGUCAUUAUUACUGUCAUUGUUUUACAGUUACUACCAGUAACAAUGGCUUUCACCCAAUAAACACAUGUAUGGUUUGAAAACUUUUGGAAAACAAGUAUUUUAACUAUUGGACCUAGUGAUAACCUCUUCAGAGUUGUGAUGCUGUAAUGAGGAAGUUCGUUGGUUGUCCGGUCACAUUCCUUCAAUUUUCUCCACAAUAGUAAGGUGAGAUCAUGUCAAUUAUGUCAAUAAAUGUGCAUUAUCUUGA